CGUUUCCUUUCACCGUAGUCUGGCGGCAGAACCUUCUCUCUUGUUUUGUUUUUUUUGAUUUUAUUCCAGGUUUUCGUCUUUUGCUCCAAUUCGACUCUCGUGUUCGGAUUUCUUUCGGGUCACAAGAACAAAGAAAAAGGCAGAAGAUAAAUCAAAGCCUCCUCCGCAGCUCCCAUGGCCAUGUGGUGAGGGCUUGUCCAUGAGAGAAGGGAAUCAUAGAACAGAAUAGAAGACACGUGGAGAGAGAGAGAAGAGUUUUACACAGAGCAUGGCCUCGGCGAAAAAAGAUGGCAUGGACGAAAGGCUGCCCCGCGUUAAAGAAGAGGACUGUGAGUGGGGGACAGCACCGGAGGAUUUGCGCGUGAAGCUGGAGGACUGUGAAGGGGGAAUUUCCGGUUUUAAAGAGGAGGAGUGCCAGUGGGAGAUUGUCGAAGUUAAAGUCGAGGAUUUCGCAGUCGGUCCUGAACUUCAAAGGCACGAAACCGGGGGGAAGUCGUUCAAGGAAGACGUGGGGGAAGAAUCUCAUUCCAGCUUACAGCCCCCGUUCACUCGCACAGGACAACCGGCUACCCAGCCGAAUCCUUUGGAGCUGAAAUCUGAGGUAGCCGAGUUUGAGGAGAAAAUCGCAGGAGGAAAUGAGGGGGAAGUGGAAGACCUGCAGUCAUCUUGGAGUGGUGGAAUAAAUUUCCCAGAGGAUUUCAGCCUCUCAGUGUCUUCAUUUGCUCAGACGUCUCUUCAGUGCAGACUGCAACAGGACAAGGAGAAGAUGAAGAAAUCAACAAGAGGAUCGGAGAAUUUGACAGCAGUCUCUUUCCAAUGUAGUUCCUUUCCUGCUGCCAGACUAAUACAGACAAAAGCCAUCACCACAGAAGAACAUCAAGGUCAAAAUGCGGACCAAGAGGCUGUAUAUGCCAGCCAAGGGUGUGAAAAAAACAUUUAAAAUCAAAUCUGACUGUAACGAUGAGCCUGUCCAUUCAGUUCAGAAGCCACAAGCCUGUUCUGAAAGUGGCAGUCUGUUUGCACACAGAAACAGUCUUCAAGUACUUAAAAGAGUUCACAAUGGAGAAAAAACACCCUGCUGUCAAGUGUGUGGCAAACAAUUCCCCAGUAACAGUGCUCUUCAGCGGCACAUGCAUGUUCAUACUGGAGAGAAGCCAUACAGCUGUGCCAAAUGUGGCAAAAGCUUUUCACGUAACAGCAGUCUUCACAAUCAUUCAAAAAUUCACCUGGGAGAAAGGCCUUAUCGCUGCUCUGAAUGUGGUAAAGGAUUCUCGUUUUUAGGUAAUUUUCAUGACCACUUAAGAAUUCACAGCGGAGAGAAGCCUUACUGUUGUAGUGAAUGUGGCAAACGCUUUAUACAAGGAAGCAGCCUGCGGAGACACAUCCGAACUCACACUGGAGAAAAACCUCACUGUUGUUCUGAAUGUGGAAAGCAAUUUUCUGAUGGGAACGCGCUUCAGAGACACAAACGAAUUCACACUGGAGAAAAGCCAUAUUGCUGUUCUGAAUGUGGGAAACAAUUCUCUGACAGUAGCGCACUUCGGCAGCACACCAGAAUUCACAUUAGAGAGAAGCCAUAUUGCUGCUCUGAAUGUGGGAAACAGUUCUCUUACAGUAGCUCUCUUCGGAAACACCGACGAAUUCACACUGGAGAAAAGCCAUAUUGCUGUUCUGAAUGUGGUAAAGGAUUCACUGUGAGUAGCAAUCUUCGGCAACACGAACGAAUUCACAUUAGAAGAAAAUCACAUUCCUGUUCUGAAAAGUAGCUUUCUUCAGAGUCCCACAAGGUUUCUUAUUGGUGAAAAAACAUACUGCAGUUUAGAAUGUGGCAAACAAAGCUGUAAUUGUAGCAGUCUGCAAAGAGUGAUGCAAGUUUGUACUGGAAAAAGGCCAUGUUCUUGUUCUGAAUGUGGCAUACAAUUAUUUGACCAUAACACUCUUUGGGAGCACACACAAAUUCAUGAAUUCAUACUGGGCAUAAACGAUAUUGCUGAUCUGAAUGUGGGAAAUGAUUAUCUGCCAGUAGCUCUUUUCAGCGGCACACUUGAAUUCAUAAUGAAGGGAAGCCAUAUUGCUAUUCUAUAUGUGGCAAAUGAUUUUCUCAAAGACGUUGCUUUCACUAUGUUUCGGACACUUAAACUGGAAAGAAAAAAAAAUUCAGAACUAAGCUUGUUGUGGGGAAAAAAAAAAGAAACAACUGAAACAGUGCUGGCUGCAAUGGGCUGGCGCCCUGUCCAGGGUUUUUUCCUGCCUUACACCCUAUGCUAACUGGGAUAGGCUCCAGCUGACCCCUGUGCUCCUGAUCAGGAUGAAGCGGGUUCAAAAAUGACUGACUGACAGAAACUGUGCUGGGCUACUGAGAUCAGCAGGUCUCAUAAAAUUUGACCUUCCAGGACUUCUUGUCUCCCUACCAAUUUCCAUCACUCCACGAACUGCAGGAAGAGGCAGCUUUGGGAACAACGGAGGUGUCACAGCAAGGACUUGUUGUAAAUCUGCAUGAAUAAGAGAGGGAGAUGUUCCGACUGAAGCGUGACUAUUAGUACAUAAAACUCCUCGGGAAAAUUUCACCCUAAAGGAGAAUCCAUACUAGCGUUCUGAAUGUGGGGAAACGAUUCUCACAAAUGGGUACACUUCAGCAAGACAUUAGAAUUCAUACUGGACAGAAACUGGAUUCAGAGCGGUCCUAUGGCUUUACUCCAUACUUCAGCAACUAACGAAUGGGCAAAUAAUGUUAAGGUUCCAUUUGGCUUGUACUACCUUGUUUUCUUGUCUGUUUAAACAAAUCUGAGUUAUUCUGU